UCAAACACAGAGGGUAUAAAGAUAUCGGUCUUUUAAAAGGAAAUCCCUUUCUAUAUUUCUGCGUCAGAGAGCAGAGGGGACAGGAGAUAUUGGCUGCAUUUUAUUCAAGAGAAGUCAACGGAACAAAUAAAGAUGCCUGAAGAAAUGCGCCAAGAGGAGGAGGCAGAGACCUUUGCCUUCCAGGCAGAGAUCGCUCAGCUAAUGUCCCUGAUCAUUAACACCUUCUACUCCAACAAGGAGAUCUUCCUUAGGGAGUUGAUCUCCAAUGCCUCUGAUGCUUUGGACAAAAUCCGCUACGAAAGUCUGACGGACCCCACAAAGCUGGACAACGGCAAGGAUCUGAAGAUCGACAUCAUCCCCAAUUUGCAGGACCGGACCCUGACCCUAAUCGACACAGGAAUUGGCAUGACCAAAGCUGAUCUAAUCAACAACCUAGGAACCAUUGCAAAGUCUGGCACCAAGGCCUUCAUGGAAGCCCUGCAGGCUGGAGCGGACAUAUCCAUGAUUGGACAGUUUGGCGUGGGUUUCUACUCCGCCUACCUUGUGGCCGAGAGGGUUACAGUCGUCACCAAGCACAACGAUGACGAGCAGUACAUCUGGGAGUCCUCCGCGGGAGGUUCUUUCACCGUCAAGGUCGACAAUGGUGAGCCCAUGUUGCGUGGAACCAAGGUGGUUCUGCACCUGAAGGAGGACCAGACUGAGUACUGUGAGGAGAAGCGGGUCAAGGAGGUUGUUAAGAAACACUCUCAGUUCAUUGGAUAUCCCAUCACCCUCUUUGUUGAGAAGGAGCGGGAAAAGGAGAUCAGUGACGAUGAGGCAGAGGAGGAGAAAGUGGAGAAGGAGGAAAAGGAAAAAGAGGAGGCAGAGGACAAGCCCAAGAUUGAGGAUGUUGGCUCUGAUGACGAGGAGGACUCCAAAGACAAGGACAAGAAAAAAACCAAGAAGAUCAAGGAGAAGUACAUCGACCAGGAGGAGCUGAACAAGACCAAGCCCAUCUGGACCCGUAACCCAGACGACAUCACAAUUGAGGAGUAUGGGGAGUUCUACAAGAGCCUGACCAACGACUGGGAGGACCACCUGGCUGUCAAGCACUUCUCAGUGGAGGGUCAGCUGGAGUUCCGUGCCCUGCUCUUCAUCCCUCGCCGCGCGCCCUUUGACCUCUUUGAGAACAAGAAGAAAAAGAACAACAUCAAGCUGUACGUCAGGCGGGUCUUCAUCAUGGACAGCUGCGAGGAGCUCAUCCCGGAGUACCUGAACUUUGUGCGUGGUGUGGUAGACUCUGAGGACCUCCCCCUGAACAUCUCCCGCGAGAUGCUCCAACAGAGCAAGAUUCUGAAGGUGAUCCGCAAGAACAUCGUCAAGAAGUGUAUGGAACUGUUUGGGGAGCUGGCCGAGGACAAAGAGAACUACAAGAAGUUCUAUGAGGGCUUCUCCAAGAACCUCAAGCUUGGAAUCCACGAGGACUCCCAGAACCGCAAGAAGCUCUCAGAACUGCUGCGCUACCACAGCUCUCAGUCUGGAGACGAGCUGACCUCCCUCACAGAGUACCUCACCCGCAUGAAGGACAACCAGAAGUCGAUCUACUACAUCACUGGCGAGAGCAAGGACCAGGUGGCCAACUCUGCCUUUGUGGAGCGUGUGCGCAAGCGUGGCUUCGAGGUGCUCUACAUGACAGAGCCCAUUGACGAGUACUGCGUCCAACAGCUGAAGGAGUUUGAGGGCAAGUCUCUGGUCUCUGUGACCAAGGAGGGUCUGGAGCUGCCAGAGGAUGAGGAGGAGAAGAAGAAAAUGGAGGAAGACAAGACGAAGUUUGAGAACCUUUGCAAGCUCAUGAAGGAGAUCCUAGACAAGAAAGUGGAGAAGGUGACAGUGUCAAACCGCCUGGUGUCGUCCCCCUGUUGCAUCGUGACCAGCACGUACGGCUGGACGGCCAACAUGGAGAGGAUCAUGAAGGCCCAGGCCCUGAGGGACAACUCCACCAUGGGCUACAUGAUGGCCAAGAAGCACCUGGAGAUCAACCCAGACCACCCCAUUGUGGAGACCCUGAGGCAGAAGGCCGACCUGGACAAGAACGACAAGGCUGUCAAGGACCUCGUCAUUUUGCUCUUUGAGACGGCGCUGCUCUCCUCCGGCUUCAGCUUGGAUGACCCACAGACUCACUCCAACCGCAUCUACCGGAUGAUCAAGCUCGGCCUAGGAAUUGAUGAUGACGAAGUGAUUCCUGAAGAGCCUACUUCUGCACCGACCCCGGAUGAGAUUCCACCUCUAGAGGGAGACGAAGACGCAUCACGCAUGGAGGAAGUGGAUUAAAUGCCAUAAAGUCUGCCCCUUACAUAGCCUCGCUUUUUGUUUUUCCUCCCCCAACUGAACAUCAGGUCAUUUUCCCUUUUAAGACGGGAAAUCUGGUCAGUGUUCUUUUAUGGUAUAACAUUGUGCCGUUGCACAGUGUUGCUUGGAUCUUGAGCCUUCAGUGUAAAUUCUAGAAAAGGUUGAUUAUUUUUUUUUUUCCUGUUGUGCAAGGUGUAUGUUAUAAUAGUUCACGGUGCGCUGACUCAUCUGAGGGGGGAGGGGGGAAUCCAACAGAUCAUUACCCUGUUGCACUGAGUUUUAAAUAUUGGACUGGUAGGUGUGUGUGUGUGUGUGUGUGUGAACACUGAACAUUCCAUUAGACACAAGGGGUUAGGAUAAAGCAGGUUCUUAUGUGCAACAACUUGCACGCUGCAUGGAGAGUGGACUGCAAGAUUUCCUCUGCCUGAGUCCAGAACUGUCUGUAUUGUCUCUGUUCUGAAGAAAUUAAAGAUGUAAUACCUUGAACGUUCUAA